GAUACAGUGAAUGCAGGGUUCGGGGGGAGACCAGAUAAAGUGAAUGCGGGGUCCCGGGGAGACCAGAUACAGUGAAUGCAGGGUUCGGGGAGACCAGAUAAAGUGAAUGCAGGGUUCGGGGUCCUGGGGGGAAGACCAGAUAAAGUGAAUGCAGGGUCCGGGGAGACCAGAUACAGUGAAGGCAGGGUUCGGGGAGACCAGAUAAAGUGAAUGCGGGGUCCGUGGAGACCAGAUAUAGUGAAGGCAGAGUCCAGGGAGACCAGAUAUAGUGAAUGAGGGGUCCGGGGGAUAGAGGAUGGCCGGUGAACCUGGCUGCAGUGAGUACAUCUCUGGU